AUGUUUAUAGGAGGACUUAAUUGGGAAACAUCAGAUGAGAAUCUUAAAUCAUACUUUUCACAAUUUGGUGAAGUGACCGAUUGUGUUGUGAUGAGAGAUCCAAAUUCAAGCAGAUCUCGUGGAUUUGGUUUUGUCACUUUUACAGAUCCCUCUAAUGUCGACAAAGUAUUAAAUAAAGACCAUCAAUUAGAUGGAAAAGUUAUCGAUCCAAAACGUGCUAUUCCUCGUGACGAACAAGAAAAAACCGAGAAAAUAUUUGUUGGUGGGAUAGCUCCGGAAGUGACCGAAGAAGAAUUUAAACAAUAUUUUUUGCAAUUUGGAAAUAUUGUUGAUGCUACGUUAAUGGUGGAUCGUGAUAGUGGUCGACCUCGUGGAUUUGGUUUUAUCACCUUUGACUCUUCAGAUCCUGUUGAAAAAGCUAUGGCUAGACGCGAUUUGGAAAUUCAAAAUAAAGCUAUUGAAGUAAAGCUUGCAAUGCCUAAACAUAAAACACAAAGAUUUGGUCAUUUUGGUGCUGGUUAUGGUCCGCCAUCAUCACCAGGCGGUCCACCACCACCAGGGUCCGGUCCAAUGUCUGUGAUAGCUUCGCCUGGUAAUGGAGCAGUUAAUAAUGGUAGAUAUGGUUCCUCGUAUCCUAUGGGAGGUGGUAAAGAUGGCGGCGGUGGCGGUUAUUCUAAUAUGGGUGGUUAUAAUGGCGGUUCAUAUUCUGGUUAUGGUGGCUACGGCGGUUAUUCUAGUUACACAAAUCCCUACCCCGGAAAUUAUCAUCAUUAUAAUGCAAUGCCGCAAACUUAUUAUUCUUCAAGAGAUGGUGGAGCACCUGGUUCUGGUAUGAAUGGUGGUCCUGCAUCAAGUAGUCGAUUAGGUGGCGGUGGUGGAUAUCGUCAUUCGCCUGUACUUACAUCUGCUUCAACUUCUUCUAUCGUGGCUAAUGAUGCUUGCAACAAUAAUAAUUCAUUAUCUCAAUAUCCUCCGUUUAGUAAUGCGUUAUCACUGCUAAAUAAUAAUAGUGGUAACGGCAAUAGCAAUUAUACUGAUCGUUUUAGAUCUUUGUUUACUUUCGGGACUUUUAAUAAAAUACAAUCUCAAUGUAUCGGCGUGGCACUAUAUUCAAGCGAAGACCUUGUAAUGAUUGCACCAACCGGUUCAGGAAAAACUGUUAUUUUCGAAUUAGCAAUGAUAAAUGUGAUUAUGAAUGAUCAAAGUAAUCGUGCGAAAAUGGUUUAUAUGGCUCCUACAAAGGCGAUCUGUUCGGAACGUGCCAAAGAUUGGAUUAAAAAAUUUCGACAUAUUAAUAUUACUUGUGGAGAAUUAACUGGCGAUACUCACCAAGCAUUUGUUAAUGACAUUAAAAGAUGUAAUAUAAUAGUUACAACUCCCGAAAAAUGGGAAUCGGUAACUCGUCAAUGGACGGAUAUUGGUAGAAUGUUAGAAAUGCUAAAAUUAUUUAUGAUUGACGAAGUUCAUAUGCUACACGAAGAUCGAGGUUCAAUUCUUGAAGUUGUCAGCAGAAUGAAAAUAAUGGGAGCAAAAUGUCGUAUAAUUGCAGUCUCUGCAACAAUACCAAACAUUAAUGAUGUUGCAGUCUGGAUUAGUCUUAAUAGCCAAAUUGAGUCAGAUUCAAGUUCGAAUAACCAGCAUCAACAAAAAGCAAAAAUAUUAGAAUUUGGUGAAGAAUAUCGUCCAGUAAAGUUGUCACGACAUGUUUUAUCUUAUAAAUCAGAUGGGAAUGCCUUUAAAUUCGAUAAAUCAAUAAAUGACAAGCAAGUCGAUUACGCGAAUUUUAAAAUGUUUAAUAAUCAUCAUAAUAGUUAUUGUUCUUAUUAUUUUAAACUAUAUAGACUCCUUGAUAUAAUCAAAAAUUAUUCCGAUGGAAAGCCUGUAAUGGUGUUUUGCACAACGAGAAAAUCUACAGAAGAAUCAUGUCAAGUUAUUAUUAAUCAAUUGAAAGAAUUUCAACGACGUCGUAUGCCAUUACCAUGGGAUACUACUAAUACACAUGAAAUAUUUAAUGAAUUUCAAUUACAAGAUAAACGACUUAUAGAAUUUUGUAAAUAUGGAAUUUUAUAUCAUCAUGCUGGACUUCAUUUUCAAGAUAGAAAAAAUGUUGAAAAAAUGUUCCUACAAGGAAUUAUUAAAGUCAUAUGCGCAACUUCGACAUUAGCUGUUGGGGUGAAUUUACCAGCACAUUUGGUUAUAAUCAAAUCAACUUUGGCUUAUAAAAAUGGAAGAUUUGUAGAAUAUUCUGAUUCGGAAGUUAAACAGAUGCUAGGUCGUGCUGGUCGACCACAAUUUGAUGACAGUGGAGUUGCGGUGAUUAUCACAAGUAACGAUAUGAAACAAAAAUAUGAAGAGUUAGUAGCGGGAAUCAAAGAUAGACUUGAGAGCAGAUUAAAUGAAACAUUACAUGAACAUUUAAAUUCUGAAAUAUGUCUUGGAACCGUUGAUCAUGUACAAAAGGCUAUGAAAUGGCUUAAAUCAACUUUUUUAUAUGUAAGAAUGAAAAGCAACCCUACUUUGUAUGAUCCGUUAUUCAAACCAGGACAUAAUUGGGAGAAACGACUUGAAGGAAUUUGUAUGAACGAUUUAAGAAAUUUAAUGUUUUCCGAAAUGAUAACGAUGGACAACAACAUCCUUCAACCAACUAAUAACAAUAAUAAAUGGUUAGAAAUUGGCGAAGCAAUGGCAAAGUAUCAUUUGAAAUAUUUAACUAUGCAACAUAUUUUGUCGGUAUUCAAAUGGCAUAAAACUAGACCAAGUGCUUCAAAACAAGAAAUCAUCAAAAUUCUGCUUCAGAAAAUUUGUCAGACUGAGGAAUUUAAUGAAGUGAAAUUGCAUCGUCAUGAAAAACUCGCGUUAAAUAAAUUGAAUAACCAUGAAGAUAUUAAAUUUCCUUUGUCAGAAAGAGUUAAAAAUACCGAAGAAAAAAUUUUUAUAAUGAUACAAUGUAUAUUGGGUAAUAUACCUUUCGAAGAUGGUCCAACACGAAUGCAAUUUAAUAUGGAAUCAAGAAUUAUAGUACAACAUAGUCAUCGAAUAACGAAAUGUCUUGCAGAUUUGGCUGCUUAUAAAAAUGAUGUCAAAAUCUUGGUGAUUUCCGUGGAUUUGGCAAGAUCUAUCAGUGUGAAAAUGUGGGAUGAUUCGUCACUAUUAUUAAGACAAAUAGACGGCAUUGGCGAACAAUAUGCCAAGAAACUUCUUGGAGCUGGAAUAAAAAAUUUCGAUCAAUUAAAAGAUUCAGUCACGAAACGUCACGGAUUAAAUUUGAAUUUGGCAUUUAUGGCAUGUACAGAAGAUUCUAUAUUGGAUUUUAGACAUUAUCCGUUUUGGCAAUUACAAAAGGGAUUAAAUUUCGAAUUAAGGAUUAAAAUAACCGAACCAAUUCAAAAAUUCACUUGUUCCGUUCUGCCAGAAGAAUUUCUUGGGUUGGAUAUACAUCAAACAAUUAUAUUGGAUUGUGAUUCAGGAAAUAUUUUGUUCGCACCUAUCGAAUCAAAUGAAGUUGCAUCGCCAAAUCAAAAUGUAGAUGAUAUUAGUAACAACGUUCAGCAAGAAGUUAUACCAGUACAAACUUUUGAUGAUGACGUUAAUGUCGAAUUGAUAUCACCACGACAAACCCGACCAAGGACAAUAACAACAUCACCUUCAACACUGUCCAAUAAAUCCAAAGAACCACUAAAAGUAAACUCUUCCAAAAAGUCUUUUGAACUUUUACCUAAUGGUCGACUUUUAUCAAAUAAUUGUGAUAAAAUUAAUGACAGUGAUGAUAAAAGAGGUGAUAUUGAAAUGUUACUCUGGUCGAACGAACAAAAGAAAGAUGAGAAUCUCAAGAAACAAGAUGAUAACGAUGGUGAACCUAAUACGAUCGGUAGACAGGAUAUAACGGAAGUAGAAGAAACGGUUGAAACGUUUGCAACACCAAAUUAUAUUAAUAAACAACAACAAAAACAACGAAGCAUCGAAGCACUAUGUAUAUUUGACUAUGUAUUUAAUACAAUAAUCGAAUAA